GGACCGAGGUGCCUGUGAGCCUUACAGAACCUCAGGUUUUCUCUAGGAGGCAACGCAUAGCAGACAACAUACACCAUGGGAUCCCUAUCAUUUUCUACCUACAGAGGACAUGUCCACUGGCAAGGGCUCCUGCUGGUUGUCUCACUCUUCCACUUCUGGUGCCAGCCCACCACAGCUGAAGUCUCUAUUGUAUCAACUUCUAUUGCUGAAGGGGAAGCUGCACUUCUACCUCUCCAAAAUACACCUCCCAAUGUUACAGCCUACAUAUGGUACAGGGGGCAAAAGACUGAUAGAAGUCAUAUGAUUGCAUUUCUUAUAACACACCUAAGAUACGACAUAAAAGGUCCUGCAUACAGUGGACGGGAGAGAAUAAACGCUGAUGGAUCCUUGCUGAUAGAUAAUGCCUACAUAAAUGAUGAAGGAAUGUACACCGUGGUAGUCUAUGUUGCAGAUUCAAUAAAAGAAAUUGGAUUGGGGCGGCUUAUCGUAUAUGAGCCUGACUUAAUAGUCUCCCUGGGUGCCAGCAACACCACAGUCACAGAGAAUAAGGAUACUGUGGUCUUGACCUGCAACACAAAUGCACUCACUAUCCAGUGGUUGUUCAAUGGCAUGAAUCUGGAGCUCAAUGAGCGCAUGAAGGUGUCAAAAGUCCACCAAAGCCUCACCAUAGACCCUGUGAAGAGGGAAGAUGCUGGGACUUACCAGUGUGAGGUUUUCAACCCCAUCAUGUCUACUGCAAGUUUCCCUGUUGUGCUGCAUGUGAAAUUGAGUGACACUCGUUUUCUGCCAUAAGUUAUUAAAUUAUAAAUAAGAUAUUUUGCAGC